GUCAAUGCAGCACAGACAACCCCAGGGAAGGCUCUUCUUGACUCUCAAGCUUAUUCAUUAGACAAGACUGGGGACAUAAUUUGCGGGGCCCACUGAGAAAUGAAAAUGCAGAGCCCCUUCUCCCAAAAUCACUAAGAAUUUCAAGAGAGGAACAUCAGUGCACUAAACCAAGCCCGAGACCCCUUUCAGGGCAGGGCCUCAGGUGACUGCACAGGUCACAAGCCCCUGCAGCCCGCCUGCCAAAGGAGCCCCCAAAUCAAGGCCUGAUUUGACUGCGUUAGAAGCUACGCCUGUUCUCAGCCCUCCCUAGUGAGGGCGUGGGACCUCUUCCAGCUCUUUUCAGGGCCCUUCCUUAGACCCCCGUCUCUAAGACCCUUCAUUUGGGAGCCUUGUGUAGCUUUACACCUAUUCUGUUACUUUCUGUUACUAUCGACAUUCUGCUCGUGAAAGGUGUGCUGUCUUCCCCUCUCUUCCCCACUCAUUCAGGACCCACACACAGAGGGGGCUGCAGAUCUAGCCCGGAGCUCAGCAGUAGGGAAAAUCGCCAUGGGUCUGAUUGGGGGCAGCUCCUAAUAGGUCAUGAGGUCCCGCCCACCAGGGUCCCUCCCCAUGUGCCGGCAAUCAGCACCCUGGGCAUGCUGGGAAUGCCUGCCAGCCAGGCCUUUGCCCUGGGUCCAGAGUCUGUGCCCUACCUAGGCAGUCUCUGAGGACAGGAGGCCACACGCACAGAAGUUCCUCGUUGUCCAGGGGCCUGUGACGGCCACCCCGCCUGACGCCAUGGCCAGUGAGGAAGACAAGCCGAGGAGCUGUGUGGUAUGCGGGGACCGAGCCACAGGCUACCACUUCCAUGCCCUGACUUGUGAGGGCUGCAAGGGUUUCUUCAGACGAACAGUUCACAAAAGCACUGGUCUCAGCUGCCCCUUUGCCGGAAGCUGUAAGGUCAACAAGGCCCAGAGGCGGCACUGCCCAGCCUGCAGGUUGCGGAAGUGCCUCGAUGUUGGCAUGAAGAAGGAAAUGAUCCUGUCUGCAGAAGCUCUGGCCCUACGACGGGCAAAGCAGGCCCAGCGGGGGGCACGUCAGGCAGCUGAGCAGCUGAGUCAGGAGCAGAGAGCACUGAUCCAGACACUGUUGGGGGCCCACAGCCGCCACAUGGGCUCCAUGUUCCACCAGUUUGUGCUGUUCAGGCCCCCAGAGCACCUGUUCACCCACCAGCUGCGCUCUCCCAGCCUGGUCCCCGUGCAGCCACUGCUCAGGCACUUUGCAGACAUCAACACGUUCAUGGUGCAGCAAGUGGUCAAGUUCACCAAGGACCUGCCCAUCUUCCGGUCCCUGCCCUUGGAGGACCAGAUCUCCCUCCUCAAGGGAGCCGCUAUAGAAAUCUGUCACAUUGCACUCAACACCACGUUCUGCAGGCAAACGCAGCACUUCCUCUGUGGGCCUCUUCGCUACACAAUAGAAGACGGAGCCCAUGUGGGGUUCCAGAAAGAGUUCUUAGAGCUGCUCUUUGGCUUCCACGCGGCCCUGAGGCGACUGCAGCUCCAGGAGCCCGAGUACGCACUCUUGGCCGCCAUGGCUCUCUUCUCGCCAGACCGGCCAGGGGUCACCCGGAGGGAGGAGAUUGAGCAGCUGCAAGAGGAGAUGGCACUGACUCUGCAGAGCUACAUCAAAGGCCAGCAGCCAAGGGAUCGGGAUCGGUAUGGGGACACUGGGGCCUUGGAGGAAGGGGCCUGGGAGCCACUGAGCGUUUCUGUAUGCGAAGCUGCUGGGCCUGUUGGCUGAGCUCCGAAGCAUUAACAGUGCGUAUGGACACCAGCUCCAGCACGUGCAGGGGCUGUCCGCCAUGAUGCCUCUGCUCAAGGAGGUCUGCAGCUGAGGC